AUGCCACCUACACGUUCCAAGACCGAAUAUGAAAGGCGCCCUACCCUGCCUUCAAUCCACACGUUGAACCUACCAAUGCUUUCCGGUUCAGGCUCUGCUAGACCAUUAACGCCACCUAAUGUACAACAUGAAAAUUAUGAUCAAUCGAACAAUUCUCAUAAAUUUGUGCCCCGUCACUCCAGGAAUUUUUCGACGUCCUCAUCAACUACGAACGAUUCACGCGAGGCCUCACCUGUUCUUCAACACGCCAGGAAUUUCUCUACAUCUUCAACAGCCACGAACGAAUCACGCAAUUUUUCACCUGUUCCUUUCGACCCAUCGGCUAACCCCAGGAACCCCUUUGCCUCAGGAAAACCAGUGCGCGUUCGCGCGUGCAGCAUCGACGAGGCCGAUGCUAUCUUUCUUGUCAAAUCUCACUCCAGCCUGGUUCCUGCCCGCUCUGGUCCACCGUUCUCCGAGCCACAUAUUCUGCUUUUCGGGAACACCAUUCAACAAUUCCGAAACGGCUCGAUCACCAUAGCCAAGGGUACUAGGGUACACCCCUACCGCGUUGUACGCCGCCCAUCGCCUUCCAAUGGCCGCGUUCCAUCUGUUGUAAUUCAUCCUAUCGCCCCGCCCCGUCGGCUCUAA